AGACGCGAGUCGGUGAAAGAAUACACCCGCACGCCAGGCGUCACCUUUUUUUCCGAGCGCCGCAGCCGACAAACCGACUCAGCUGUGCGUGGCAGAGUCCGCAGCGCAGUAUAGAGUUUUCAAAGAAUCGCGCCUUAGCCGCUGCCAUCAGCGCGCACGUAUUAUAUCUACUUAUAUUCCAAACAUAACCUAAAAUAGCGCGCAGAAACAUCAUCGCAAAAGAAGUGGUGAGCAGCAGUGCAGUGCGCGCGUGUGCCAGUCUUUCGCCCGAUUCUCGAAAACGUCGUUGAUCCCUCGGCUAUGCCAGUGGAGCUCCAGAUCCUCGUCUAGCUGAUCCGCAUCCGAGUUCGAGAAGCAGAACACAAAAGAAUGCUGCGGAGAGACAAGGAAUGUGGAAUUAACUCGUAGCCCCAAUGGAUGAGGGAUGCUCAUUCCAAGACGUCAGCACAACAGAAGUGAAGUUUUAGUGGCUUGUCUAUAAAAUCCGUGGGAAUGGGCAAUUGCCUGUGUAAAAAUGGCAACGAGGAAUGUGAACAGGACCCAAACUACGACACAAGAGCGAUGGGAGCCACAAUUUUGUUGGACAAUCAUGUGGAGACCAUCGCUACAAACGAAUCAACAACCAACUAUAAAUUUCCCACAUCCGCCAAUAUUGACAAGCUAGUGUUGGAAAUCCUAGGGGUUAUAGGAUUGCUUGUUGACAAUGAACAGGAACCUCCACCAGCGAUGCUAAAACUACACAAUAUCGCUGAUAAAGAAGAUGGCUGGAUACAGGUUGUCAGUUCUAUGGUCAAUGUAAUUCCUAUGCAUAAUCCAUUGGGUCCAUCUGUAAUAACUUUAAUGCUAGACGACUGUCCUUUACCUUCUAAAGACUCAGUUUUAAGGUUGUCACAAGUGUUACAAUUAUCUCAGAAGCACAGUAAGGUACAAACCAGUGCAACGCAGCAACGGAACAUAUGUGUAGUUCUUGGGUGCAUUGCAGAAAGAUUGGCUGGUCCUAGUAGUAUAGCGAUUUUAUCAGAUGCUACUUUAGACUAUCUUGUGUCAAAUCUUAGAGAAGAUAUUGAACCAUACGUUGUAUUAUAUUCUUUGAUAGCUUUAGAAAAGUUUGCCCAAACAAGUGAGAAUAAAGUAACAAUUAAGAGGCGACUUUUAGCGGAAAAACCGAAUCCUUUAUUGAAACUAGAAAAGUGGGUCAGCGAGACUCAUUAUGUCCGACGACAAGUUGGCUUCUGUGCUCAGUGGUGUUUAGAUAAUUUAUUUUUAAUAGAAGGCCGAAAAUAUUCCCAUGAUACGGUCGACAUGACUGGCAUUAAUGUGAUGUUAAAUACAAAGGACGUAAGCGAGUACCUGAAAAUUUCGCCCAACGGUUUAGAGGCGCGAUGUGACGCUUGUUCGUUUGAAAGUGUUAGAUGUACGUUUCAAGUUGAUGAAGGAGUAUGGUAUUAUGAAACUUUAAUCAUAACUACGGGUGUGAUGCAAAUUGGAUGGGCUACAAAAGAUAGCACUUUCCUCAAUCAUGAAGGGUAUGGAAUUGGGGACGACCAAUUUUCAUUAUCAUUUGAUGGCUGUAGAAGAUUAAUUUGGCAUGAUGCGAGUAGUGAAAAGCUUUAUGCUAUACCCUGUUGGAAAGCUGGCGACGUUCUCGGUUGUUUGUUAGAUCUAAACAAAUUGGAAGUUAUUUUCUCGAUUAAUGGUGUUGCACUCAAACCUUGCAAACAGCUGUUUAAAAAUGCGGUUUCAGGAUUUUUUGCUGCUGCUAGUUUUAUGUCGUUCCAGCAAUGUCUCUUUAAUUUCGGAAAUGUACCAUUUAAAUAUCCACCGACAGAUCGCAGCUAUCAGACAUUCAAUGAUCAUGCUACUUUAAAUCCUGAAGAUAAAAUUGUUUUACCCAGGCACAUAUAUCUCGACCAGCUCAGGAAGCUUAGUGUUCGGGAAGAUUCUUGCACAUUAUGUUUUGAUCGCAAAGCAUCUGUCAAACUACUACCCUGCGACCACAGGGGAUUUUGCCAAACGUGUUCUAAACAACUAAUCGAGUGUCCAAUGUGCAGAGCGACAAUUAAGAAAAUGUCAGUAGACAAUACUUGACGCUCAGCAAACAAAUUAGCAUUUACGAGACAAGUUCUACUUUCAUUACGACAUUUACUUCUCAAAAGGCGCCACAAGAUAAUCAGUUCGAUAAACUAUCGAACAAUUUCUUAGAAGUGCGCGAGCACUUUAAAUUACGGGUCGGGUGCAAUUAGAAAUUUUUUUACGUGACGAUCAAAAUACAGUUUCUAACCUUUCAAGGAAAAGUUUGAGACAUUUAAGAAAUUUCAAAUUUCUUUAGAAAACAUAUAAGCAGAAUACUUUCUCAAAAAUCUUAGAAAACAGACAAGUGUUGCUUUAGAGUUUUAAAAUAUAGGUAAACUCUGACUAUACUGAAAGUUGAAUGUGAUUUAAAGCUAGUAAAAAAGUUUCUUUUAAAAAAUGGUACAAGAAAAUAAAUUUAUUCUACCAUCAUUCACUUUAUGCAUUAUUUUUGUAUCAUCUAAUUAACUUGUAUCAAGAUAUAAAAGCAACAUUCCAAUUAAAAGCGUCUUUUUCAUAUCUUAAUUUAUCAAGUUUAAGUUUCAUAAAGUAAAUUUCAAAGUUUUGAUAUACAUCAAUUUUCUUCAAAGUCGUGUUUCAUAAUAAGCCGAUCCGAGCCAAAAUUGAAAAGAACUUUUUCUACAUACAUUACUGAGUAAUGUAUCAUGCGAUCAUAAACAUGAUGCAUUUUCUUGUUUAUUGGAUAUGUAGUGUUAGAUAAAAUUUUAUUAUAAUAAGCAUCAAGUAUGUUAACAUAACUUUUUUCUUUUAGUUAGCAUGCUUAUAAAAACUGGGAAUGUAUAAUGUUUACGCAACGAUUAUUGGAAGCUCUAAAAUUGAAUCCGUAAAAAGUGAAUAGUGACUGAUCUUUUAUUUCACUUUUAUAAGCAUAUCUUAAUUACGUUUAUAUUAAUUGAGUGACUAUCAAUAACUAUAAGAGAUUCCACAACAAAAAUGUUGUUUUAAUCUUGUUACGUGAGAUGUUUAUUCGCACUUGUUGAUUGAAAUAAAAAUAGAAGUAUUUUUUCAUAUGUUUUAAAAUCUAUUCUACAGCUCUCUACGAAAUAUCGAGAACGAAAUUUUGCUUUCUUAAAGUAAAACACAAUAUCCUCUCGUCGAGCACCAUUUCUAAGACACCUUGUGAUCUAUUUUAAUCUACAAAAAUAACCAAAAAAGCUCUUCUUCUCGGGCUGUAAUGUAAAACUCAUCAAACUUCUGUAUGAUGAUAAUUUUAAACACGAUACUUUGUAAAAUAACUUCGUAGUGUACAAACGCCAAGUAAAAGAAUAACAUUAUUAUUAUAUAUACAAAAAUAUAAAAAAACUGUAUAUUAUAUUCUUGAUCGAAUAUAAAGAGUUGUAAUAUUUUAA